ACCGUAUAAACAUCAGGCGAGGCGGGUCGUGGCCCUCAGCCUACCUGUCGGUCCAGAACGUGAUCGACUGCGGCAGGGCGGGCUCUUGUUAUGGAGGGGAUCACCUCGGGGUUUACGCCUACGCUCACAAACAUGGCAUUCCUGACGAAACCUGCAACAACUAUCAGGCUAAAAAUCAGAAGUGCGUUCAGUUUAAUCAAUGUGGAACCUGCUCCUUCKUUCAGUCCUGCACUGAUGUGAAGAACUUCACCAGGUGGAAAGUCUCAGACUAUGGAGAAGUUUCUGGAAGAGACAAAAUGAAAGUUGAGAUUUACACUAACGGGCCAAUCAGCUGUGCCCUGAUGGCAACUGAAGGCCUGGAGAAAUACUCCGGAGGGAUUUUCUCAGAGUUUCACCCGCUCUCUUUGCCGAACCACAUCAUCUCCGUGGCCGGCUGGGACGUGGACCAAGACGGGAACGAGUACUGGAUCGUCAGAAACUCCUGGGGAGAGUUCUGGGGGGAACACGGCUGGGCGAGAAUCGUUACGUCUGCUUUUAAAGGAGGAAAAGGCAACUGGUUCAACUUGGGUAUUGAGAAAAACUGUGCUUAUGGAGACCCUGUUGUAAAAUAAAGUUUUCAAUAAAGUUUGUUUAAAAAAACCUGUUAA